AUACAACUAAGAACUCUGAGAAAACCAAAACUCGAAAAUAAAGGAUGGAUGAAGCUUAUGCAGAUAGUUUAAGCACAGAUUUUCGAUGGCUAGGACACUCUCAUUUUGAUAGUCAUCCCUCUGCAGGUGAUAGCAUUCAAUUAGAUUCUAAUGAAGAUGAUUUCGAUCCUUCUCGUGUUGAUCGAAUUGGUAGAAUUGCGGAGCUACUAGAUGGCUUAGAAGAAGAACAGAUUCAUGAACUUGUUUCCGGAAUUAAUGAUACUGCCAUCCAGGAUAAGGCAUCUGCCAACCCAGAUCAAGGCAACACCAUCAACUAUCCUAGUUCACCCACAAAAGUAAACGAACAAAAGUCUCUUCGAAGUGUAUCAAAUUCUCAACCACCAGUCGAAAUUUUCUCGAAUCCUUCCUUCCCUCCUCCUCAUCACCCUGUAACAUUUACAAGUACCCCAUACAAACAUGUGCCAGCUGUCUCAGAUACAGAGCCAUACAAUUCUCAGCGAUUUUUUGAUUAUAGGAAUGCAAAUGAAAACGAAAACCAGAAUCAAAAGCAAUUCUCGUUUCCCUCUUCCCAUUCAACUGCGAUUUCUCAGACAACUCAACCGUGUACCGUUCCUUCUAACCCCACUGCUCCAUCAACUCAAAAUUUUGAAGCAUCUAACGCUAAUAAUCAACGCCCUUAUCAGUCCGGUACCAGUGAUGAAGCAAACCAACGUUCGCAACAAGGUUCCUUGCAUGAGCAGAAUGCGUACUCUCCACUUUAUUCAAAUUACCCAAAGACUCAUGCACAGCAUCUUGGAGUUCCUAUAAAUCGCGGAAAUGUAUAUGUGGAGUCAGUUCAUGAUCGCCAAGAGCCUACAGCCACCUGUCCUCCGACGUCUUCCACUUGUGUUUCUACAAUAAGCCAACCCCAACCGGUUGUAAGUAGUAAGCUUGAUCCUCCUGUUUCUCAACCCGCAAAUUUACAUCUUCACCCGUCCCCUCCAGCACCCCCUGCUGCCGCUCCUCCACCUUCAACACUAGAAGUUUUACCACCCGCACUAAAUGAGGUAUUGGAAAAAAUGAAUACUACUAUACAGUCUCUUACAAACCAAUGCCAACAACGAGAUAAGCAGAUUGAUUUACUAAACAAACAACUGUUGUUUAAUAAUCAACAAACUGCAGCUACCGUGAUGCCUGCUAUCAUAUCAGACGCCCCUGGAGCGCCUAAUCAAAGGAAUAUGGCUGACUCUCCGAACUAUUACCCUCGUAAACCGCCUGCGCCAAAACAAACUCGUUCUGUAACUGUCGGCAACGAUACUCCCUUCCCACAUACAAAGCCCCAAGGCACUGUAUCGAAUGAAGUUCGGGUACAAUUAACGACACUGGAUGCUAUUCUAUUACAAUUUGACCAUCUGAGGAAAGAGUUAUCUCAAGCUCGUCAUGAAAUACAAAUUUUAAAACAAGAUGCGAGUCAGGCGAAGGGGAUAUCAGAUGAAAAAUCCAACCAUAGCACUGUUAAUAAUUCAAGAGAGCAGACUUCUUGUGCCAACCGUCCGGAACAUAACGACCUGUGUUCGCACCGAGAUAAUCCAAAGUCCUCCAUAUUGCAGCCUAUAGAGGUACCAAACGGUACUCUUAACAAAAAUGUACCAUCUAAUGUAAAAUCUAAGAAACCCAAAGACGUUAGUCCCCAGCCUAUUGCGCAUACUUCAAAGGCAUUGUCGCCGCAAGACAUGCCUGAUUCCAAAUUUAAUCUGCCAAAAGAAAAUCAACUAUAUUACCGGCUGGGGCUACAUUUGAUUGAUCGUCAAUGUAGCAUUGAGACAGCGAAUAUGCUUAAAUCAGUGUUGAUACAGCUAGACAUGCCCUACACUAUAUUUCCUAUGGCUAUUGGACAAGUACGAAGGCAAUUGCAACAAGGUAGACGCUUGUAUCAAUGGAUACAUGUUGUUCAUUACUUGUUAUUUCAUGAAAAGAUGGAAGAAGGUCUGGUUUCGAAACAAUGUUUGUCUAAUUUACUUAAAAAGCUACAGGAAAAAAUACGCCCGCAUCGAAAGUAAACUAUUUACCCAUGAUAGGAAUUUACAAUUAUUUUGAUGGAUAAGGAUGAAUGACCAAAGAAAUGUAUUAUUAAUAUAAAUUCGGAGCAUCAAUGGAAUAAAACGUACUUCGGGAAGACUGA